UUGGAAACCAGGCAGACGGUUGGAAAACUUCUGCAACAAUGUCAACGUAGCAUGUUUAUACAGACACAAGAUACCCCAAAUCCAGAUAGCUUGAAAUUUUUACCAGGCGUCGAUGUCUUGGGUAAAGGCAAUACAUAUGAUUUCCCUGGUGUAUCGGCUGCAUAUUGCAGUCCAUUGGCCAAACUUCUGUUUCGAAUUGAGGGAGUACGUUCCGUAUUCUUUGGCGGUGACUUUAUAACAAUUUCCAAGGAGGAGGAAGCCGAAUGGGCUAUAAUUAAACCAGAAGUCUUUGCUGUCAUAAUGGAUUUCUUUGCCAGCGGUUUACCCAUCUUGAAUGAAGCCAAACCCAAUGCAGACACCCAAAUUAACGAUGAAGAUGAUGAUACAGUAAUGAUGAUCAAGGAAUUGCUGGAUAGUCGCAUUAGACCCACCGUACAAGAAGAUGGUGGUGAUAUCAUUUUUAUGGGUUUCGAAGAUGGUAUUGUCAAAUUGAAAAUGCAAGGUUCCUGUUCAUCUUGUCCCAGUUCUAUUGUCACCCUUAAGAAUGGCGUUGAAAAUAUGUUACAGUUCUAUAUACCCGAAGUACAGGGUGUGGAACAGGUUUUUGAUGAAUCGGAUAAAAUUGCCGAUAAAGAAUUUCAAAAAUUGGAAGAGAAAUUAAAUGGCAAAGAUAAGGGUGCCACAACUGAAGCGAAGUAA